AUGAUGAAAAACGACGUCGUAGGUAUCGGUCCCUUACCCUCCCCUCACAGGCUCACCUUGCCGCGCAGUCCCAAUAACAUUUCAAAUCUCUCACUCACUCUCUCUUUCUCUCUCUUGUGGAUUGACAAGACAAUAACAGCGUCAUUCUUGAAAAUCCAAAUAAUAAUCACUCUGUGUGGAGUACUGACAAUGGGUUCCCGAGCUGGCAAAAAUAAUGAGGAUCUCUGGUCAGAAAUCAUAGCCGCAGAAGUAGAAGAUCAUUAUCGACCACAACAACAAGAAGCAGAACCACAAAUAGCGGUAAUUUAUCAGCGGAAGAAAGCUGUAAACAUUCACAAAGAUGUAGCAAAGAGGCUGUCGAAUUCUAGUUCUAGUAACGAGAAUCGCCCGAGUUUGGCUCCCACUAAGCGAGUCAGUUGGAAUCGUUCCCUUUCCACCAGAGGGAGGGCAAGUAUCGCCGUUACAAUAUAUGCAGAUUAUCAGCCUCAGCAAAGGAAGGCGAAAAGAAAAACAAAACCACCUCUUCCCAGAGGAAAAACUAUACAACCUCCAAAUUAUGAUAAGGAACGGGCCUACUUUCAUGAGGUUGAUUCCUUCAAAUUGAUGGAGGAAAGCCCCUCACCCAAGAAGUCUGGUACAUGGACCAUGGGCAUCCAUAGUGAUAUUGUUGUUAUACCAUAUAUGUCCUCAAUAUUACGGAGAUGGUUAAUAUCUAAGAAGCUAAAUCAUAGCGGAAUACCUUCUGCUUCACUAUCGAAGAUAUUAGAAACUCCAGCAAUGACCAAGGAAUCAUGUUGUGGUGAUGGUUUUGCAUCUUCAAAUUUGGAAACCCCAGAAGAAAUGUCCCUGCAAAUUCAUUCAGGCUUACAGGCCAUCCAGAACGGAUUUAAUUCAAGUUACAUCAGUAAAAAUGUUCCUGAAAGGCAUGUCUCAUCACGGAAGAGCAAUGAUGAAUUCCUGACUAUGAAUGAAGAGGGUUGUGAAGAUAUUGAAGUUGCAGUUCGUGGACUCUCUCUGACUUCAAGGCCUGCUUCACUGGCUGGUCAGAACUGGGAUUCCUUGUUGGCCCUAUUAACUGUUUGUCGACAGUCAUCUCCUUCAACACUCUUGGAUGUACUCUCCAAGUAUUGUGGCCAUGAAAGUAUCAGCAAGGUUGGUGAAGGUACAUAUGGAGAAGCUUUUAAGGUCAGGGAAGCUGUUUGCAAAAUUGUUCCAUUUGGUGGAGAUUUAAGAGUGAACGGGGAAGUACCAAAGCGGUCAGAUGAAUUGUUUGAUGAGGUUGUACUUUCCUGGACUCUUAAUCGUUUAAGAGGAGAUGAGGGUCAUGCUCACAACAUCUGUUUCACUUUUAUAGAGACAGUCGACAUAAAGGUAUGCCAAGGCCCUUAUGAUGCUGCCUUGACAAGAGCGUGGGAAGAAUGGGAUGGGAAGCAUGGUUCAGAAAAUGAUCAUCCCAAUCAGUUCCCAGAGAAGCAGUGCUAUGUUGUGUUUGUGCAAGAACAUGGUGGUCAGGAUCUUGAAAGUUUCGUGCUAUUGAACUUCGAUGAAGCACGGAGUUUGUUGGUUCAGGUCACUCUUGCUUUGGCGGUAGCAGAGGCUGCAUAUGAAUUUGAGCACCGAGAUUUGCACUGGGGCAACAUCCUGUUAAGUCGGAAAGCUUCUGCAACAUUGCAAUUCACUCUUGAGGGAAGGCAAAUUUUCGUUAGGACAUUUGGAUUGCUGAUAUCAAUAAUUGAUUUCACUCUUUCAAGGAUCAAUACUGGUGAAGAUAUUCUAUUUUUGGACCUAUCUCUUGACCCAGAACUGUUUGAGGGUCCAAAAGGAGAUAAACAAUCAGAUACCUAUCGGAAAAUGAAAGAGGUGACUGAAGAAUGCUGGGAGGGAAG